AUGAGGUCCAGAGGAGCUGUCGUGGGGAGCUCCAACUCCCCGGCCUCUGCUAAGUGGGCGUUAAAGCUUUCUAACAGCUCUCAGCAAACGAAACAGCAGUGUCCAGCUCUGGCUCUUCCGCCGCCGCGGGCGUGUGUAGGCGGGUUUGAUAGCUGCUACCAGCAGCUGUUUGCGGUGAAAGCUGGAGGUAUGAGAGUGUCUAAAAAACAAGACGAUGGAUUUGUUGGGAAGUAUGCUAAAAUUCCAAGAAAUGAGAACAUAAGAUCCCACGAAAUUCCUGCAGCAGUAUUACAAGUGUCUCACCAAAAGCCACAGCCUGUCUUGGAGAAGUUCAUGCUGCCUAAAAGAAUUUACAUUAUUCAACAGCCACAGAAAUAUUAAUAUAGACAUUAAAAUACUCUUGUUUACUUAGAAGUGAGUUUCUAUUCUAAAUAGCA